AUGCAUGCAUGCGACAGAUGCCAUCGGCGCAAGUCAAAAUGCGACAAAGCGCUUCCAGCUUGUGGGCCAUGCCGGAAAGCUGGGGUUGCCUGCAAGUAUGUUGAUCGGACCAAAGGCCAUCAGCAACUCCUGGAGAAAUUGCAGCGUCGUUUGAAACACGUCGAAGCUACUAAUCGUAGCUUAGCAGCGAAAUUAGCUAGUCAUGCUUCCCCACUCGCUCAAAGUGAAACUAGUGGAGAUGAAGCUACUUCUAGGCUACAUGAAACAGAAGACGAGAAUGACGUUAUAGAGGAAGUCACCUUUCUAUCCAGUGGGGCAGGAGGUGAGCAGCACUUCCUGGGCUCUGCCAGCGGUGUAUUCCUUGCUAGCCUGGUCAGUGCGACUAUGGUCAGCUCCCCGUCCCAGGGCACACAAGAAAGAGGUCCACGAGGAAGAAGAUCGAGUAGGUUUCCACCGGUGCCACUUCUAACUACUGCUUCUUCUGAGGCUUCAGCAUUGCCUUCAGAGCAGGUCGCACGUAAUCUACAUCGUGCCUACUUUGAGCACGACCAUCUCUGCUAUCCUUUCCUCCAUCGUGAGAGCACGCUAUGCGCCUUGGAUCAAGCCUACCAGGAUCCCUCCUUGGAGCAAGAUGCGUUUGCGUCUUUUGCAUUUGGCAUGAUCCUCGCUAUAGCCACCGCUAGUGUGCACAAGUUUAACAUAGAGGCACUUCCUGAUGCAGAAGCAUAUCAGAUUCGAGCAACCCAGAGGCUAAACGAGGUAAUGCGUGAUGGUGGUAUACAAGCCCUUCAAGCGCUGCUGUUGCUGUGCCAAUAUAGGAUGACAAAUUCGAUCCAGGACACGUCAACAAGUUUAUGGCACAUUGUUGGUGUUGCUUCCCGGAUGUGCUUCGAGCUGGGGCUGCAUCGGGAGCAGACUUAUCGAGCCGCCGAGACGACGGACACCAGCGACAACAGUUCAAAUGCAACCAUACUCUGCGAGGUCCGUCGCCGAUGUUUUUGGUGUGUUGUUGCGAUGGAUAGGAUCGUAAGCAUUACUUUGGGAAGGCCUCUUGCCAUACAUUUGCAGGAUGUAGAGGUCGCCCUGCCUGACUCAAUUCAUGACACUUGCUUCGAUCGGGGUAAUAUAGACAGCCCGUCUUUUUCCCGCACGGCGUUGUUUGUUCACAUUGUCCGUUACCGAAUCAUCUGUGGCGAUAUAUUGUCUGCACUACACAACACAUCUAAUCGAACACAAAGCGAUGCAACAUCUGCCUUAGCGGCUAGAGAAAAACUUGCAAACGACCUUGCUCAAUGGCAGCAUGAGACCGCGGCGUUGUCACUUCCAGAAAUUGAUCUGUCCAACCCCCUUCUGGGAGGCCAAUCGAGCUACCGUGCGCGGGAAUGGUAUGAGCUAUUGUAUUAUAAUGCCCUCCUCAUGUUGUAUAGACCAUCACCUGCACUGUCAUCAGCAUCUCCUCAUGACGCCGGCGUACUGCAAACUAUUUUCGUCGCCGCGAAACAGGCCAUCACAUUAUACUCCCACCUCCACCGCUCCCGGCGUAUCAACUACACCUGGAUAACCCUCCAUUCUGUUUUCAUGGCUGGCCUGUCCUACGUCUAUGCUGUGGGUAGACAUUUCCGAGCACGCAAACGCCGGACGGCCGCCAGUACAUCCUCCCUUCUGCAGAGUGAUCCCACCAUAAUCGAAAUAGUGCAUGACUCGAGAGCAUGCUCAAAUGUAUUGGUCGGUAUCUCUGAGCGGUGGAAUGUGACAAAGCAUUGUCAUGAUGUCUUCAACCGCCUAACCGAUGCCAUGCUCGCGGAUGCCAUUGAAUACCACUCCCACAGUGCAGCAGGCCAACCAACGUCUGCAGCCCUCAGACCUGACGAAUGCUCGAAGGACAUGGAGACGACCCCGUCGGACGCUUAUUUCAUGAUUGGUUAG